UAAGAUUACCGGUGUACGACCACUAUGAAAUUGUGAAGACGGUAGUACAUGUGGCACGGUUCGGUUUAUAACUCGUAUACGUGCGAUUCGCACGGAGUUUAUUGCCCCAAUAUCUUCGUUAAUAAAGUUGAGUAUCGUUGCACAUGAACGUUAAUAAAUCGGGAUCGUCGCCAUGACAAGAAAAAGGUGGAGAUAACAAAAGGACAUACUUUUAAUUCGUUAAUUACUUACUCGAUUCUUCGAUUGGUUAUUUCAAAUAAUUAAAACUAAAUUUUAAACAUUUUUUCUCUAAUUCGAACAAAAAUUUUCGUUCACUUCCAAAUUAUUCUCACUUAAAAUUGAAAAAAAAAAAAAAAAAGAUUCCGGAAAACUUUGUCAGACGAAACUAAUUCUCGCACCGACAUCGCUAUGAUAUUAUUUCACACCUUCGAUUUAACAAAUUUAUACACAUAAAAUACGAAAAUUUCUACUCAAUUAAAAUUUUCUAAAAUAUAAACGAAAUACAUAGCAAUAAAAACCUACUAAAAAUAAAUUGUCAUGUUCGCUCGAUGUAAUUUUUGAUCAACGUUUAGAAUUUUAAUCACAGCAGUGUGUAGAAAAAUCGCGACCAGGCGAAGAUCGUCCGUUAAAGAUUGGCGAAAAUUCUUCAGAAGCAAUAAAAAUACGAUUGCCCUCAUUGAAUUUGAUUUCGGUUCGGUAUAAAGAAAAAAAUCUCCUAUAUUAAUUUAUUGCAAAAAAAUAAAAAGAAAGGAAAAAAAAACAUCGUCCGCUUCGUGAGAAUAUUUAUUCGUCGAUUUCAUGCUAAGAUAAUUAGUGCCAGUGAUAUUUAAUAAAUAAUGAGAGAUAUGAAAUUUACGACGUUGCCAUAAAAAAGAAAAAAAAAAAACAAAAAAAUUUAAACGGCGAAGAAACAACAAUUCACAACACGUAUCAGCGGAUGAUCAACGCGCCUUCCCAUACAAACGAUUCUCGUACGCACCCCGUGCGCCAGACUUACGUACAUCAUAAUCGUUGAGAAGACAGAGAAAAGUUCGAGAUUAUCUCUCGCGCGCUCCCCGUAGGAUAAAGAAUACGGAGGAGAACCGAUCCGUACACCGGGAGCUGCAGAUUUAACCAGCUGCAAAUUAAAGGAAUAGAAUGCCGAGAGGAAGAUGAAUCUCUCAGUCUUCGUAUUCUGUACCGGAUACAUUUUCCUCUUACAAAAUUUAACCGCCAUUUCUAACGGCCAGGAAAUAUCGGUCACUCGUCACCAGGAUGGGGACAUAUUUACGAUCGAAGAUUCCUGCACCCAAGCGUGCGUCGUACUCAGCAGCGGUACCGCCAGUCCGUUCAACUCCUACGCAAAAUCGAAUUCCGUUGGAAUUCCUGUAACAAAUAGCUCCUGCACGUGUCAAUGCAACGAAAAACUUCCCGUAUUCAGGGAAGACCUCAACAUAUGCGUCGAAGACAUUCACGAGUGCAGCGCGGCUAAAUUUGUCGGUAAUAAUGGAAAUUCGGAAAAAGUGCCUUACGUAUUUCUGCCCCAACGUGGUCAAAUUGUCUACCCUCAAGCGGAAAUACGAUUUCAAGGUGUCAAAAUUCCUGUAUGCGGAGUUGCGGGCGCCCAACAACUCAGUCGUGCCGGAUGGAGCGAACUGCGAAAUCUUUCAAAUGCAGAACCGCCGUUAAGAUUGUUCCGGGACGAAGGGCGUACUUAUUUGCAGUGGGUCGGAGAUUCCGGUCUCAGGGAUGCUGCCGAAGGUCGAGUUAUCAUCGUGCGUCUCGUCUGCCGAGAUGCAGAUCCGGAACGCCUUAUCCCCGAGGUUUUCUCCCCCUGCGUUGCUUUCCGGGUGGCCGGUUCCCCCGCAAGAAACAGCGUCCGGGAGGUCAUGUUCGUCGCGGACGCUCAAUCCGCACCGGGUCUCUCUACCGUCGAGUAUACGGCGAUAGGACUUUCCUCCGUGCUGCUUGCCCUGAUUUACGUCGCCAGUGUUCUUUUGUACCUGCACAGUAGGAGGAACAAGAAAAAGAGGGUCGAAGAACCGGAGACGGGAAUCACCGGGGCUCGCGACACCGUCGGUAUAGUUAAAAACAACCCCCUGCUGUCGGCCGGACGACAUUUCGAAAGCGACACGAACAGCGGACCCAGCGAAAGCGAACUAGGCGAUGACCUUCCGCAAAGCGACGGCGAACAGGGCUUCGAAAACGUCACAUCGGCCGUCGUCCAUCCUCACUACGCGUAUCUGGAGUCCGAGGGGAUGUUUGGAACAGGUUCCAUAUUGGGGGAACGACUCCCCGACGAGGAUGUUCGGAUCGUGGAAACGAUCGAGAACGCUCAUCAUCAAGAAAGCUCGGCGUUACCUGGAACACAGAGACGCAAACUUUACUUUAACCCGGCGUAUUUCGACAGACAGCUGUUGCUGGCCCCACCUCCGGCCGCCAUCGAGUUCCUCUUCAAAAUUCGGGAGGUAAUAUCAAUAGCGAAACACAAAAUGGCAGCAAAGAGAUUCGUCCCAACGCUUAUCGGAAUCCCGGAGGAAGACUCGAACUUGGAACGGAAUGGUCGAUCGGGAUUGCACCGCCGAGGAAGCUCGGUGCAGGGGUCUGUCGCGAGAUCGAAAAAAUCUCAAGGAUGCACCGGAUGCCCCGGUUGCCGAGAAUCUCAGCCAAGCCUCCCGGCGAUUCCCGUACCGUCGCAUCUGUGCCUGGGAGAAAGCAGGAUACGGGCGUGGUUGGAGGAUGUGAAACCGCCGGAGCGACGGUGGAAGGACGCGGAGGACAGCAGGCGGAACUUUGCGGAAAAUGCUAGGAGCUUCGCGAAGAAUCUCGAGUACUUGAAGGAAAUGGCUAAGAGCGACUUCGCGAAUCCCGACAAUCUCAAUAUCGCUAACAAAGCAAUUUCGUCGUCCUGGAAAGACAAUCCACCGAUGCUGAGAACCUUCCAGAAUAUCGCGAAGAGCGAAAGGAUGGAAAACGACGACAACAUGAGCGUCUCGAAAAGAUCCACCCGUUCGAUGUUCGAAGAAACCGAUUACAACAGGUACUACGAUAUGCAGUGUAACUCCAAUGGAGAUUCGAUGGAUAUAAACGACACGGUGAACGCGAAGGUACGAAAGGCAAUAGAGAACUCCUUCAUAAAACAAAUGGAAGAAAAUGCGAAUCUCGAAUCGCUUCAGUCCCUCGAGAAGAAAUUACCGGAGACUCAAAUCACGAGAGACGGGACCGUUACUCCGACGAAUUCGCAAAAAUCCGCAAAAUCCUCGGCCAAAGAAUCGCCCGUCAACACGCCGGUGAGAAGAACGAAAAAAUCCAGAGCCCCCCCGGCGCCUAAGAAGCUACCGGACAUGAUCAAGGAACUUCCCAACGGUAAAUAUCCGGCUAAGAAACUCAUGGAUGAAGUGAUCCAAGAAAUGGUUGUGGCCGGUGCCCUCGACUACCGUCCAAAAUCCACCAAAGCGAUCGACUACGAAGUCGACAGUCUCGAGCGGUCGAAAAGUAGUCUGAAAUCAUCGUCGUCUCCGGAUUCGACGGAACGUCAUUCCAGCCCCGCUCUUUCGACGGCGUUGCCUCUCGACGAAGAAUUGACCAUGCAGAACGCUAUAUUCAACAUAAAUACCGGGUCGAUGACGAUAUCUAAACUGAAGAGCGACGCGUUGGAAAAUAACGUGAAGAAAACCACUCUCUCCGAAUUGAUUUUGCCAAGAACGCAGAGUUACUCUCUGGUUAGCGAGGUUUACGUUAAUGACGGGUACGCGAGUCCGGCCGGAAGUGAUUCAUCGGGACCGGAGAUCCAGUACGAACCGGAAAACCCGGGACACCUCACGAUCAAAGUUCUGGACUCGCCGGAGAACUAUGUGAAACAAGACGAGUCCGAAUACGAACCAGAUACGCUUGACCGGAAACCAAUGAAGUUGAAAAUAAACGGUGCCGUGAACUACGAGAAAGGAAAUCUAGACGAAGUGUUCGUUGACUCCUUGGAAAGACCGGGUCACAUAUCGCUACGUAGUAGAGGUAGUUUCAGAACUAACGACGAUAAUCAUCACAGUAAUUCUAACGACGUAGCGACACCGUUCCAGAGAAGCUAUGGAAGUUUACGCGAGAUAUACGAAGCCAGACUCAGAAGUAACUUGAAGAAUUCCGCACUGCUGAGUAGUACGCGUUCUCUUAACGGUGAUCCGGAGAUAAAUGGAUCUUCGUGGCAGAAGGAAAGGUAUCUAACUCCGGAAACGAAGCACGCCAAAAGGCAGAGAAAGCCUCAGAAUCAACCCGACGUCGUUCCAACGCCGAUCAAUGAGUCGAUUUACCAACAGCCGAAACCCCCGCGUCUCGUAGAAAUUUUACAAACUAAGCCACCUCUGCCACCGCCAAAAAACGGGCGGGACAGGAGUCGAGUUGAUACUGGUACCCCUACUGCCAGUGAUAUCACUUCUGUCCCAGUGAAAUUUUACGCAGUGGGGACCAGCGCUAACGAUCGACAGGAUUUCGAGCGAGUCGAAACCUGCCUUUGCCACCAGAGAAGGAUCACAAUAUCGAACAGUUUCGAGUCCCUCGCGACGCUUGGUAACUUUGAUAAAAAGAAUCGCCUCUCCAGGAGCGACAGUAGAAAUACUGUGAUCGGAAAUCCCCGCAUCGACGGUAGCUGCGGAAGGCGAGUCGAAGGUGAAUACGAGAACCUAGCGUCCCUUCGGACGACUUCGAGGUCACCGAAGUCUAAGGGAAGGAUUCCGGCGUUCGCGGUUGACACGAAAAGCUAUCCUCCGAUACGCAAGGGGUCCCCGAGCCACAAGCUUUCCGGAUCCGAGAGAAGAAGAAGACAAUCCGUGGGGGAACCGAGGUGCCGCAUUUCCGAGGGAUCGAUCACCUUUUUGGCGCCAAAUCAACCCUCGCUAUUGAGAAAAACCGGAGGGACGAGUGUACCCAGAAGUCACUCAAUUCACGGAAUUCAAAGACCGACUAGCUACAAGAUCGAGGACAGCGGAUACCUGAGCAGCACCGAUAGCAACGGUUCGAAUAAAAAUUUACUCGUACAGGACGUAUGCAGCGUUUCCGAAACCGAUGAAACAGAAUCGGUUUGCGACGGAGCGAGCGAGAGCGGAGCCGAGAGCGUGGGAACCGAUAGCGUGUUUUUCGGUAACUUCAGAAAGCUCUCCGAGAUGUCCAGUUUUUCAAAGAGCGUAGAUUCCGGGGUGGACGUGAACGUGCGGAACCCGUAUUUCCAGGCCUUUGGUAUCAGGAACGAAGGAGGAGUUUUGGAAAGGACGAAUUUCGAGUCUAACGAAGGUGAGACCGAUAGCUUCAUAACCGUCCUUCUGCCGGGAGGUAGGCAGAGAAAUAGUUUGGUUUUGUAGUUGUAAAAAUAUAGAAGUGCCGCAGGUGAAAUUAACGGAGUCCAGGGUACCUUUUAGUUUAUACGUUAUCACAAAGGGACGAAGGUGCCCGAUUUUCUGUCUUAGAAUUUAACUCGUUUGAAAUGUUUCGUAUAUCGCUUCGAAAUCGGUGAAUCGUCUACAACAAUAUGAGCGCUCAUCAUUGUGCCGUUUUAGUUUUUCUAACACAAUUAUUCCUAGUUUCCUACUACAGUAAAUUCAAUAAUCUCGCAUUGUUCGCUUUCUCGUAGUUUAUACUAAAUGAAUUUCUUAUCCUAGUCAUUUUAACAGACAUCGCAUGACGAAUAAUUGCCAUAUCGGUAAUAAUAUACAUAUAUAUAUAUACUUAUACUUUUUGCACGAUGCAAGAUAAAUUUUUUUAAAAAUAAAACUGCCAAUAUUACCCAUAUCUCUGACUGUACGGUAAGUGUCCAGAAAAUAUUGUUGAUUUUUAUUUUUCUCUGUUCAAUUUGAAUCCCCUAGGGUAGAAACUUGGUAUAAUACACGAAAUGAAGGCCAGUAUGUCUAAGUUUAGUUUUAACAGUGAAAAGCGCUACACGUCAAUUACGAGUUCAUAAUUCGGGUAUGAUAAAAACUCACGUUCUGUAAUUAUAAUCGUACGAGUGAGAUUAAUUAUUUAACCCACGGCUGAUUAUAACAGCUGAAUUUAAUUAUAUGAUACGAAUAGUUAGUUAGAUAAAUUUCAUAUGACGAGUCGUGCUAAUUCUCAUAAUUUGAAAAAUCGCUAAAAACAUUUUUUUAACAUUAUGAGAAACGCCUUUGGCCGGCAGUGCAAUAUAGUUUGUUAUUAGAAAUUAAAUGUGUAUGUAUUUAAAUAUCCGAUCGUAUUAGAAUUGUAAUAACUAUUUAAGAUUUGUUAAAAUAAUGAUAUCUGCCAAAAAGGGUAUUAAUAACACUGUACAUAAUUCUUCUUUAGUAUCAUUACGGACUCACCUAUAUCGGAACUAAUCAACGAUUGUUAAUAAUCAUUAUCGAAAUUAAUAAUAUUAUAAGCUCGUUAAGUUUGUCCUUUGAUUACUUUAUUCCAUAGUUUAUUCUCAUAUUUUAUAAAAACCUUUGUUUGAGUUUAGAUAUUUAGAUAUUUAUUCAUCUAUUUCACAUUCGGUAUGAGGUUGCAAUAAUUGAACGAACUUAUUGCAAUCUCAUCUACGACCAACAAAAAAAUUACAUUUAUCUAUUGUUUUAAUCUUUACUAUUCUUUGUUAUCGUUUGCUUUUUUUACUAUUUCGUUUCAUUUUAUGUGUUGAUUUUAUUUCUUCUUUUUUUUUCAAUGAAUUGAAUUGUAAAAUUCAGAAGCGCACGCUUCCAAGUACCUGCCAAAUGUAUAUAUAUAUACGAGAAGAAACAAGGAAUACUAAAAAAUGAUAUCCAGUUUUCAUUAAUUUUAUCAUUAGAAGAAUGUAAAAGAAAAAAAAAAGAAAAAGAAACAGACAAAAAAAUUAAAUAUGACUACAAUUAAUAUAUUUUCGGAAUAAUAGUAAUAUAUUUUAUGUAUUUAUAUAAAUAUUUAUGAUAUUUAAAUUAAUUUAAUAUACGUUAAAGCUCAAGGGUGGAUCGAUAUAACUUGAAAUUAUAAACGUAUAGAUUACAGAAUUCGAGUGGUAAACAAAUGCGGAGGACGCAAUAAAAAAUUGUCAACGAAUUCUUCUUCUACGAUUAUAAAUUUACAUUAGGAUCGAGAAAUAAUGGAAUUGUUAAUAACAAUCCGAUAGAAUUUCUCUCCUACACUGUACGGGGACCAGGGUGUCGGUUAGGUGUUGGACUGAUUUUUAACAAUAAAUUCGAAUCGAAUCGUGCUUUAAAAAACGACAACAUUGAUCAGCGUUUUUGGUAGCACGAUUCUCUGUGAAUAUCCAUACGAUAAUUUUUUAAAUAAAUUUUAUGGGAGAAAAAAAUGAAAUACUGCUCUCUGUU